GCCAUGGAUUUCCUUAAAAACCACCAUCGCCACCACAGCUCCGCCACCAGCAACCGAUCAAUCUCCGACACCGAUUCCCAAAUCGACGACUUCCACUCUCCACUUCGCGCCGACUCGCCUCUUCGCUCCGACGACUUCCCCUCCUCUACUUCUAAAGCCAUCGUCACCUACCACCCUCCCGUCAGAUCUCCUCUUUCCGACAACCAAAAACCUUCUCAUACCAUCAAUGUCGCACCUCUCGCAAAAUCUUCGCCUGCCGUAACGCAUAACCGGUCGGUGAGGGAGGAGUUGGUGACUGGUGUUACUACUAAGGUAGGCCCCGGCGGUGUUGAUGACGGAAUCGGUGGUGGUGAUGGAGCGAGUAGGAGGUCAAGGGUGCCGGUGACGUCGAUUUCGAGUAGGUCAAGGAACGAAGUGACCAUUGAGAGAGCAGCGUUAGGGUUUAGGGUAUGUGAGAUGAUAUUAACCUUGAUUGCUUUUUCUGUGAUGGCGUCUGAUAAAACUCAAGGAUGGAGUGGUGAUUCCUUUGAUCGAUACAAGGAAUACAGGUACUUGGUAGCAGUGAAUGCUAUUGCUUUCGCAUAUGCAGCCUUCCAAGCCAUUGCUUUGACAUUCCACUUGAUUUACAAAAGACAUAUCUUCUCGUAUUCUAUUCGUAGUCAUUUUGACUUCACAAUAGAUCAGAUAUUGGCGUAUUUGUUGAUCUCGUCAUCAUCUUCAGCGGCCACAAGGGUCGAUGAUUGGGUAUCGAAUUGGGGAAAAGAUGAGUUCACAAAGAUGGCUUCUGCAUCUGUAGUGAUGUCUUUCUUUGCUUUUUUUGGUUUUGCAAUUAGUUCCCUCGUAUCUGGCUACACCUUGUUGAAUCAGACCCAUGUUUGAUCUUCUAAAACACUCCCAAUUCAGCUGUUUUUUGGCUGAAAAUGGAGUUUAAAGAAGUGAUAUUGUAAAGAGUUUUGUAUAGACAAAUAGGCAAAAUGUCAUAAGAGGGAUCAAGAUUCCACUUCUUUUUUUGUUUUGAAGUCUUUGAUGUCUGUAAACAGUUGGGUGAAAUAAAAUCAUCAUUUGCAUCCA